AUGGAUGAUGAAAAUAAUGUUAAAUUCACUGCUCAAGAUUUAUAUGAUAAGAAAGCAGAUAAAACUUAUGUUGAUGAAAAAGAUAAUGAAAUUAAAGAAAAGGUUGAAUGGUAUCAUGAAUGGACAUCGGAGACUUUUAAAGUUAAAGCUGAUACAGGAUGGGUUUCAGGAUGUUUAGAUCUUAAAGCAGAUAAAACUUAUGUUGAUGAAAAAGAUAAUGAAAUUAAAGAAAAGGUUGAAUGGUAUCAUGAAUGGACAUCGGAGACUUUUAAAGUUAAAGCUGAUACAGGAUGGGCUUCAGGAUGUUUAGACCUUAAAGCAGAUAAAACAGAGCUUCAAACAUUAAAGACUGAAAUACUUCAAACAUUAUAUCCUAUAGGCUCUAUUUAUACAUCAAUGAACUCAACAAAUCCCGCAACAGUUCUGGGUUUUGGUACAUGGCAGCAGAUUGUAGACAAAUUCUUAUACUGUGCUAACUCUUCAAAGCAAACAGGUGGUUCAAAGAAAAUUAAAGAAGCAAACCUUCCGCCGCAUAAGCAUACAGGAACUACAAACUUUUCUGGCGACCAUAGACACUCAUUAAGAGACCACUCAUUAUACAACUCAGAGUAUGAAACUGGCCAUGACGUUUUAUCUCCAUCUUAUAACAAUUCAGCAAAAAAGACUUUUCGACCAACUGAACCAGGAGGAAAUCAUGUCCAUACUUUCACAACAAAUCCAACAGGCUCGGGUGAAGAUUACAUGCCACCAUUUAUGACUGUAUUUGCAUGGUACCGCGUUCAAUGA